AUGGAGAGGCAAAGGUCGUCGUCGGCGGUCGCUGUCGUGCAAACAAAGUUCGCUGACAUCUGGCCUCUCUCUGCUGCACCUGGCCGACUCUCACCUCAUUCGCUGUCCAGCCUGAUUAUACACACUCGCUCGCUUAUCGAACAAAGAAGCGAGAUAUACACCACCUGUUUCACACAUCCCAACGUCUGCACAAUCACAAUGGCCACCACCAACCAGCUCCCAGCAGCUGACGUGAACAGCUAUGAUUUUGUCAUCGUUGGCGGAGGCACAGCUGGGUGCGUAAUUGCAUCCCGCUUGUCGGAGUACUUACCAAAGAAGCGUGUGCUGCUCAUCGAGGCCGGACCGUCGGACUUCAUGGACGACCGAGUACUGCUUCUCAAGGACUGGCUAAACUUGCUUGGAGGCGAGCUGGAUUACGACUACCCCACCACUGAGCAACCGCAUGGCAACUCCUUCAUCAGACACUCCCGCGCCAAGGUUCUGGGCGGCUGCUCCAGCCACAACACCUUGAUCAGCUUCAGACCGUUCGAAUACGACUGCAAGCGGUGGGAGGCCCAAGGCUGCAAAGGCUGGGACUUCAAGACCUUCACACGCAUCCUCGACAACCUCCGCAACACCGUUCAGCCCGUUCACGAACGCCACAGGAACCAGCUCUGCAAGGACUGGAUCAGCACUGGUGCCAAGGCCCUCGAUCUCCCCAUUGCGCACGAUUACAACAAGGAAAUUCGCGAGACUGGAGCUCUGCACCCAGGUAUUGGCUUCUUGUCUAUUGCUUACAACCCUGAUGAUGGCCGCAGGAGCAGUGCAAGUGUUGCCUACAUUCACCCAAUCCUGCGAGGUGAGGAGAAGCGACCGAACUUGACCAUCUUGACCCAUGCGUGGGUAAGUAAGAUCAACCUCAAAGGCACUCAAGUCACAGGUGUAAAUGUGACCCUCCAAGACGGCACCCAACGCACCCUGACUGCCAAAUGCGAAACCGUCCUGUGUGCAGGUGCUGUAGACACGCCUCGCUUGAUGAUGCUCUCCGGUCUUGGCCCAAAGCAACACCUUCAAUCGCUCGGCAUUGAAGUCCUCAAAGACCUGCCCGGUGUAGGCGAGAACCUGAUUGAUCACCCAGAAUCUAUCAUCCUCUGGGAGCUGAACAAGCCUGUGCCCGCCAACCAGACAGUCAUGGAUUCCGAUGCCGCCAUCUUCUUGCGAAGAGAAGUGCCCAACGCAGCUGGCGGUGAUGGUGAUAUCAUCGAUAUCAUGGCUCACUGUUACCAAGUGCCAUUCGUAUACAACACCGAGCGUCUUGGCUAUGAUGUGCCAAAGGACGCUUUCUGCGUUACUCCCAACAUCCCUCGUCCACGAUCACGAGGAAAGCUUUACCUCACAAGCUCAGACCCUAGCGUGAAGCCCGCCCUUGACUUCCGCUACUUCUCCGAUCCCGAGGGCUAUGAUGCCGCGACUAUCGUCGAAGGCUUGAAGGCAGCUCGCAAGAUCGCCGAGCAGGCACCCUUCAAAGACUGGAUCAAGCGAGAAAUCGCCCCCGGUCCAGCCAUCACAUCCGACGAGGACCUCAGCGAGUACGGUCGCCGCGUCGCACACACCGUCUACCACCCGGCCGGUACCACCAAGAUGGGCGAUGUCAAGACCAACCACAUGGCCGUCGUUGACCCAGAGCUCAAGAUCCGCGGUCUGCAGAACGUCAGAAUCGCAGACGCCGGUGUCUUCCCCGAGAUGCCAUCCAUCAACCCCAUGCUCACGAUCCUCGCGAUCGGUGAGCGUUGCGCAGAGAUGCUUGCUGAGACCUGGGGCGGCAACGAGUGGGCGCAGCGUGCUCGUUUGUAA